GAAUUCCGAUCCUGUAGUGUUCUGUUUUUUUUAUUUAUUUAUUUAAUUUAUUGAUUUUGAGAGAGAGAGAUUAAGUAUGCACUGGGAAGGGGCAGAGAGAGAAGGAGAGAGAGAAUCCCAAGCAGGCUCCACACUGUCAGUGUGGAGCCUGAUGCGGGCUCGAACUCAUGAGCCGUGAGAUCAUAACCUGAACCAAAGUCAGAUGCUUAACCAACUGAGCCACCCAGGCACCCCCUAAUCCUGUAGGGUUCUGAGUUUAUAUGUCAUCGCAUGGUUUGGCCCUUGUUGUAGCCAAGAAGCCGUGUCUACUUCCGUCAGAUUUCCGCCAAGUAUUCAGUGUGGUAUAAGCCAUUAAUAGUCUAAAUUUCACCUGUUUUCAGACUUUUUCAUGGAAAGAGGAACCCCACCCCCGACACUAGUUUAAGGGUUCAUCUUCAACUAGCUCCUGUCUUUCUCCCAUCUUCUUUAAAUCUAGGAAAACUCCCAGUUGCCUUUACACAGCAGACCCAGCAGGAACAGUAUCUGUUCUAGUUCUUGUUUUUGGUUUUGAGAGAGGCUAUACCUUUUUUGUCUCCCCUUUUUAUAUUUUAUCUAAUAUUGUCAUGUAUUUCAAGAUUGAGAGACGGGGUAUCUUAAAACAUGAACUUCUGGCAACUAUCUCUAGGAAGUCUGUCCCAUUUUUAUAUUCAGUGGCAUAGGAAUAGAACUAGAGCUAUUUUUUGUCUUCUUUCAGUGACACAGUGUUCUCAGAGCCCUCCCACAGCAGGGUUGAAACAACACAGCUCUUUUACAUUCCUCGGAAACCCUCAUUUUCUAAAUAAGAUUUUGGAUUUCUGGGAGAGUAGAGUUGGAUGUGGGUUUGGAUCUUAGCUCCAUCAUUUCAUUUGUCUAUUCAUUGUCUAUUCAUUCAGCAAGUAUUUUGAGAACAUGCUUUGUCCUAGAUUUGUUCUAGGUGCCUUAUUUCUUGGGAAUUAUUUAGUAGUUUUGUAAUUUGGGGCAUUCUUUCUUUGUAAUUUGUAAUUCUUUCUUUGUAAAGUAGGCAUGAUACUAUCUACUUCACUGGUUUGUUUUAAGGAUUAAAUUAGAUAAUACAUUCUUUACUUAGCACAGUAUUUAAUUAAUAAAUGUUCAUCAUAACCACUUUCAUUAAUUUUUAAAAUCCUUUGUGAUAUAGUCACUCAUUUAUUUAUUCCACAAAUUUAUAAUAAGCAUCUACUAAGUGCCAGGCACUGUGUUAGUAAUGUAAUUAAUGUGGCAAUGUAAUGUUAGGUAAAAGCAGACAUCAUCCAUGCCCAUAGGCAGUUUCCAGUGUAAAAUCGAAUUUGGGUUGUCAUUUCUAGGAGAUACUUCCCCCAAACUAAGGAUACUGUUUGGUUCGUGGUAUAAGGAAAACUUGUGAACUCUCACUUGGAUUACCAGAUGAUUCUUUACCUUUAGUAAUUUGUGACCUAGCAAAAUGUUAGGGCUUUUGCUGUAGCCCCUAAAGCACACAUCUUAAAAUUCAUCUUUCGGUCAAAAGUUGGUAAACUUUGUGUUUGCUUAAUUAUCCCCAGGUAUCCUGUUACAACAUUGUACUUUUAAAGAAAGCAAGAACCAUAUAAUAAAGCUACUAUUCAUAUUAUGUUCUGCAAAGGUUUAGUCCUUUCCAUUUUCUGAAUUGUCAGGAUUUUUCUCUUAGAUACUAGCUUUUCUGCACAGACUUGUUAGCUGUCUCUUUAAGAAAGAAUAAUCAUAGAAUUUUCUUUAAGGCCAAGAGAACAUUUGCAAGCCUCAUGCUUAGUCUUUGCUAGGGACAAGUAAAUAAACUUUUAAGCUGUGGCGUUCGUAAUCUAUUAAAGAAAAGAAAUCUCAGUACUUUUAGCCCUUUCCUAAUCUAAAGGUAAGUUCAUUUCUAGACAUAAAUAUAAAGAUGUGGGUUGUUAAUCCAAUUAAAAAUGUUUGAGAUGGUUCUAAGUAUUCCAUGACUGAUUAUAGGAUCAUCUUACAUAUUGUUUUAGCCAUAACUAAUAUGGAUAUCUAUAAUUACAUAUUUACAAUGAAAUAUACUGAGAGGCAACCAAAUUUGUUUUCUGCACUGUCCAAAGUAUAUAAAUCUAUAGCAUAUCUUUUGUCAAAAAUCACGUGAGUGUACACCCAGAUAAUGAAAGUAACAUGUCUCUUGCACUGUAGCAUUAAUGACAACUAAAAAAAGUGCUUCCAAUCUCUUUUUUAAAAACAUUUUUUCUUUUAUAAAACAAUAUAUUUUUAUUAUAUAAAAUACAGAAAAUGCAAAAAACCAUUGGUAAGAAUUAAACAUAUUUGUGUGUAUUCUCUUUAAAACAAAGUUGGACAUAAUGUACAUAUUGUUUCUAUUUUUUUACUUAGCCAUUUCCUUUUAUCACUAAAUAAUUUUGGGAAACAUGCUUAGUAUUCCCAGCCCAUGUUAUAGAUGAACUGUAAUUUAUUUACAGCCACCUUUUGCUAACAUUGAAGUAAUUUCUAGUAUUUCAUUGUUAAAAAUUACAUACCCUUUUGCAUUAAUUUUGUGUAUAUUUCUGAUCUAUUUACAGAGAUUUAUUCUAAGGAAAUAAAUUACCAGGUCAAAGGGUAUCAUGGCAUUUUAAAGUCAGAUCUGUGUACCUUCUGGAAAAAUUGUGCUGUGACCACAAAUAGUAAAUGCAAACACCCCAUUUCAUCAAAUGAUCUUUGCCAGUAAAUGACAUUCAAUUGUCUAAAUUUAUAUUUUUAUUCACUGUUGAUAUGACUUAAUUUUAAUCACAUCUAUUGGUCAUUUUUUUUUUUUUUUACUUUGUGUGUGUGUGUGUGUGUGUGUGUGUGUGUGUGUGUAAAUCACCUAUUCAUGUCAAAAGUUGCUUUUCAGUUUUUUCAGAGGCAUCACAUAAUGUCCUCUGAAACAUUGCCAGCAUUUAUUGAGUCUUCUAAUGUUGAAAGAAAGCAAAGCUUAAGUGAAGAACAAGAGAAGAGCCAGAAGCCAAGAUUAGGUGAAGGAUUUGAACCAAUAUCUAAACGACAAAUGAAGAAGCUAAUUAAACAGAAACAAUGGGAAGAGCAACGAGAACUCCGCAAACAAAAACGGAAGGAAAAACGCAAGAGAAAACAAUUAGAGCGACAAUGUCAACUGGAAUCAAACUCAGAUGGAAACGACAGAAAACGUAUUCGAAGAGAUGUUGUUCACAGCACACUCCGCCUUAUCAUUGACUGCAGUUUUGACAGCUUGAUGGUAUUAAAGGACAUUAAGAAACUUCAUAAGCAGAUUCAACGGUGUUAUGCAGAAAAUCGACGAGCACUGCAUCCUGUGCAGUUUUACUUGACAAGCCAUGGAGGCCAGUUGAAAAAGAACAUGGAUGAAAAUGACAAAGGAUGGGUCAACUGGAAGGAUAUCCACAUCAAACCAGAGCAUUAUAGUGAAUUUAUAAGGAAAGAAGACCUAAUUUAUCUUACAUCAGACUCACCUAAUGUACUGAAGGAAUUAGAUGAAUCAAAGGCCUAUGUGAUUGGAGGGUUAGUAGAUCACAACCAUCACAAGGGACUCACAUAUAAACAAGCAUCAGAUCAUGGAAUUGAUCAUGCACAGCUCCCCCUUGGAAAUUUUGUGAAGAUGAAUAGUAGAAAAGUUUUGGCAAUUAAUCAUGUGUUUGAGAUUAUUCUGGAAUAUCUGGAAACCAGAGACUGGCAAGAAGCAUUUUUUACUAUCUUACCCCAACGGAAAGGAGCUGUUCCCACAGACAAAGCCUGUGCAAGUUCUUCGCAUGACAAGAAUUCUGCCAGUGUUGAAGGUGGAUUAGACAGUGAUUCUAGUGACGAGGAAAAUAGCAGAAAUGAACUAGAUUCACAAUAUGAAGAAAAGCAGGAUAAAGAAAAUAGCAGUGAAUCUACAGUAAACUCUAUACCACACUAAUGUCAUCUGUUGUUUUUUGUUUUGUUUUGUUUUGUUUUUUUAGUUUAAGGAAAACUUAGGAAAAAAUGAGGUGCUUCAUAGAAUACUCUAAUUGGAAGAAAAUUUUAUUUCCUCUUAUUUCUGUUGUGAAUUUUUAAAACGUUCUUUAGAGCUAAAUGAUAAAAAGCCCUUAUAAGAAAGCAUUUUUUGUUUUUGCAUAAAAUUUAAAUGUUUAAUUUUUAAAAUAGUUUUCUAAGCCUCAAAUAACAGUUUCUUGAGAAUUUUACUUUUUUGGUAAACCUUCAUUCUCUUUUAUUUACUGGAUUAUAUUCUUUAGAAUGUGCCUUCAAACCUUUCAGGUUUUUUUUUUAUGUUUAUAUCAAGUGUCUCUCUGAUUUAUUGUCUACUUAUUUGUGGAGAUAGAUAUUUAUAAAUCUCCUGUAAAUCUACCAAAAUGUUCUAAAUGGGAGGUUAUCUCCUAUUUGCAGCUUUUUUAUCCAGUUACUUCAAAGGUACUUCAAAAAUAACUCGGUUACUUCAAAGGAAUACAGUGAUUUAGGAAGAACUAUUAGAUUGAUAAACUCAACAGUUUAUUUCUUUUGUACUAUGGAGUUCCUCCUCUGUGAUGCCUUUUUGUGGCUCUAAAGCAAUCACUAAAGAAGUAAGAAUCUCUUUAAUAUGUUUUCUUAAUUUCAAUAAUGGUGGUAAAUUAUUUCAAUUGAAAAUUUUAAUUUUUCAGGCUAGAUUAUUUUAAAAGGCUGUUGAGUCUCAAUUUUGUUUUAUAUUUAAAAGGAAAUAGCUCUUAGUUAUCCUUCCCUUCUAUAUGUACUUUUAUUAAAUAAAAUAUUUGUUGUUCUUAAAGUGAAACAAGUUAACUUAUAUGUGCAUCUGUCUACUAGCAUAUAAUAUGCAAUCUAAUGUAACUGUAUGUUUCUACAUAUAAGCAUGUAUGAAAAAAAUAUAUAAUUGUAUGUAUAUGUAUCUGUCCACAAUCACGUAUGAUUCUUAGUUAUUAAUGAUAACAGGACUGAGUUGCCAAAUAUCCAUAUUAAUUGCAUGAAUGGUUGUGUUGAACAACACUAAGAAUUUGAAUUUUAGAAAGUGCAAAAAUCUGUAACUAAAAAUUUGUAUGAGGAUAUUGGCAAGGGAAGAUGGGACUAUAAGGAGAUGUUUUGUUUUCUACCAGCAAAUGUAGAGCAGUUAUUUUCAAAGUAGUGAUUUUUCUUUGUCACAGCUAAAGUAAGAUUUUGGAAGCCUUCCCUGAAUUUGAAUAAAUUAAGUUUCUGUUCUUUUCA